AUGGUCAAGCUCUGUGUACUAUGUUCCAAGAAUAGGGCCAUGAUCAAGCGCCCAAAAACUGGCCAGCAGAUUUGUCAGGAAUGCUUCUUUUAUGUCUUUGAGACCGAGAUUCAUAACACGAUCGUCGAUGCCAAUCUUUUUCAACGUGGCGAACGAGUGGCGAUCGGUGCCAGUGGUGGCAAAGAUUCGACUGUGCUUGCUCAUGUGCUCAAGGUUUUGAACGAACGAUAUGAUUAUGGGGUGGAACUUUUCUUGCUGUCAGUUGACGAAGGCAUUACCGGAUAUCGGGACGACUCACUCGAGACCGUCAAACGUAACCAGCAACAGUACGAUCUACCACUUAAGAUUGUGUCGUAUUCGGAUCUAUAUGGUUGGAGCAUGGAUGAGAUCGUCAAAGAAGUUGGACGCAAGAACAAUUGUACAUUUUGUGGUGUAUUUCGACGUCAAGCCUUGGAUCGUGGAUCAGUCAUGUUGGGUGUAGAUCAUAUUGUCACCGGUCAUAAUGCUGAUGAUAUUGCAGAGACCAUUCUGAUGAAUAUUUUCAGAGGCGAUAUUGCUCGGCUAGGACGAUGUACUGAGAUUGUGACUCAAGGGGAGAGCAAUAUUCGAAGAUCCAAACCCUUCAAGUACACUUAUGAAAAGGAGAUUGUCAUGUACGCUUAUUUCAAGAAGCUCGACUAUUUUUCAACCGAGUGUAUCUAUUCGCCAGAUGCUUAUCGUGGACAUGCAAGAACGUUCUUGAAAGAUCUCGAAUCAAUUCGACCAAGUGCUAUCAUUGAUAUUAUCCAUUCAGGAGAAGCCUUCCAAAUCAAGUCUGAUGUCAAAAUGCCUACACAAAAGACUUGCCAGCGUUGUGGUUACAUGUCUUCGAAUGAUAUAUGCAAAGCAUGCGUCUUGUUGGAAGGUCUGAAUCGUGGUUUGCCACAAUUGGGCAUUGGUAAAGGCACACGUGUACGACGGAUGCAGGCGUCCGUGACAGCUGAUCAAGCAGCGCCAGCUCGCAAAACCGUUCAACACUUUUCAGAGAUCCAACGAGAUACUUCCAUCCCGCAAGUGAUCAAGCCACGUGAUCCAGCAAUGGUCAAUACACCACCACCCCGAGUACCCACCCAUAUCCUAAACGAUGAUUCUCCAACCAAAAAGGACUUGACUUGGUAA